CCACCAAAUCCAGGUCCAUGUCCGCCAAAGGCCAGGCCACCAAAACUGAAGUCCCACAGGAGUUCAGUGCCCUCACAGACACCAAAUGUCUCGCUUGCGCCAAGAGCUUUGGCUCGUCCACUGAAACUCUUGCCAGGCCAACCUUCCAGAUCGCUGACAGAUUCGACCAGCGCGCGGCAGGGCCCACUCCGUCACCCUGGGAUUCAUCAAGUCCAUUGACGAGGCUGCUGCGGUCGGCUGGAGUUCCCCGCCUUCAUCAGUCCUCAACCUGGGCCCGAAGUGCCGGCAAGCUAAAGGUCAUCUCUCCCCUGCUAAUUAGCAUAACUAGUUGAGCUUCAAGAAGCAGAUCCAUCUUGACGCUCGUCUCUCCACCAUCAUCAAUCCGACCCAGCCUCUGUUCGCUACUAGGGAAGAGUAACAGAAAGUGUCGCCAUGGACUACACACACACAUCAUAUUUCCCUGGCGCCUCGACCUACCAGUUCAUGGGCUCUGCUGUUCCUCCGCUCACUCCUGCGCACUCGAAUUCAGUGGCCUCGGAUGACUUCAACACCACCUCGCCCCCGGAAAUCUACGACCAAUUCCCCAACGGCAUCCCACACGAACAGUUCCAGAACUACGACAAUUACGCCCAGUUCAAUGCCUCGCAGCCGUUUCCGGGCCCGCCCACGCCGCCGGGCCAGCGACCCGUGCCGCCCGUCAAUGGGCUUGUUCACGGCCCCACCGCCGACCUCCUGCCCGCCCACAAGACAGAGCCCGAUGACCAGGCUUUGAAUCGCAGGCAAGGCUCUAACUCGGCGGAGGAGGAUGACCUGACCCCCGCGCAAUCAAGGCGCAAGGCCCAGAAUCGUGCAGCUCAACGGGCAUUCCGUGAGCGCAAGGAGCGCCAUGUCAAGGAGCUUGAGAGCCGCCUGCUUCAGCUCGAACAGGCGAAACAGGAGGCCGUAUCGGAGAAUGAGAAGUUGAAGCGCGACCUGCAGAAGAUCAGCACCGAGAACGAGAUACUCCGGGCGACGUCGAUGGCGGCCGCCGGCGCCGGGUCACCAAUUGCCGCCCCACCGACCACGACCGGACCCAUGUCCUAUAAGCCGGAGAACUUCUUCUCGAACGUUCUCCAAGGUCACGCCAACAAGACGCGGAGCCACCGGAUAGUUAUGAGCGAGAAAGGGGAGCGCCUCCUCGCCGUAGGGGCAACAUGGGAACUCAUCAUCAACCAUGACCUAUGCAAGCGCGGGCUCGUGAAUAUUUCACAGGUUAGCGAACGACUGAGACCGCAAGCCAAGUGUGAUGGCCAAGGUCCCGUGUUCGAAGAAGGCGCCAUCAUCGAAGCGAUCGAGCAAAGUGUUAGCUACGACAGUGACGAGUUGAUAUAAGUGCAACGAAACUCAGUCUUACUGCCACGCUCGUCUCUUCCCUCAGUCAGCGAGUACAGGGAGGAACUGGACAUGAGCGCCGGCGGACGGCGACGUGACGACGAAGACGACCAUGACACC